CUCCCUCCCUUCUUCCUCACCGUCGCCAUGUCCUCAACACUCAUUAGACGCUCGCUCCAGCGACCCGUGUUCCGACAACGCGGUGUCCGCUUCUCCUCGACCAACACCGAGGCGGCCCAAAAGAAGGCCCAGGACACGCUGGCAAACGCUCAGGCAACCGCUGAGAAGGUGUGGGCGUCGACGUUGAAGCUUUUGGGUCCUAUUGGGGAGACUGCUGGUCGGAUGCUUGGUUCCUACAAGCAACCCCUUCUGUACAACCUUGCUGUAGCUCGGGAGCUCGCGAAGCAGGUCUACGUCGCUGAACGCCUCCAACCACCCACGCUCGACGCUGUCAAGGCUGCCUACAAGUCGCUGUGGUCGCAAGUCAGCUCACCGGCUGCUAUCCGGCAAUUCGCAGCGAGCGGCCAGGUUGCUCAAGUCGGAGUAUACGGAUUGCAGGCUUACACCAUCUUCAAAAUUGGCGAAAUCCUCGGACGACGCAGUCUUGUCGGCUACAACAUUCAAUAGACCAUAGGCAUCACUUCCGAGUUUCCUUAGAUUCGGGAAUUCUAAUUCAUCGACGCUCUUUUUCUUUGCUUCCUUGUCUCGUUUUGUGCUUUUAAUUUCAGAGACGCUUUGCGUGUUUUCUUGGUGA